CCCGGUGUCGUCCAGCUGCUGGAGUGGCUUGAGCUCCCCAACGACAUCGUGAUGGUGCUGGAGCGCCCAAAGCGGUCUCAGGACCUGCACCAUUUCAUUCGGGCACGGGGGUUCCUGUCCGAGGAGGUGGCGCGGGAGCUGUUCCGCCAGGUGCUGGAGGCCGUGCAGCACUGCACCAGCUGCGGGGUCCUCCACAGGGACAUCAAACCAGGGAACAUCCUGGUCGACCUGGCCACCCGGCAGGCCAAAUUAAUCGACUUUGGCUGUGGCACCUACCUGCAAGACACAGCCUACAUUCACUUUGCAGGAACACGGUCAUACAGCCCCCCGGAAUGGACCCACUUUGGCUGGUACUACGGCAAGCCAGCUACCGUCUGGUCCCUGGGCAUCGUGCUGCACCAGAUGGUCUGCGGGGAGCACCCUUUCAGGGGGUGCCAGAACAUCAGCUGGGACCAUCAGCUCUCACUGCCACAACGGCUCUCUCAAGAGUGCCAAGAUGUGAUCAGGAGGUGUUUAUCCAUGCUGGACAUCGAAAGGCCCUCGUUAGAAGAGCUGUUGUGUGAUCCCUGGAUGCAGGACAUUCAUCUGCCCUAGAAGAAGGGAGAGAGCCACAGGCACACUCUGAUGCAGGGCCCUGCUGGGGCCCUGGGCAGAACCCUGACAGCCUGGUCUCAGCCCCAGGGAAGGAGAAGGAGCCCCUGGAGAAGCUGUAGCAGGUGGGGCUGCUGCUGCUGGAGACAGCGAGGACGACAUCAAGGAUGACAACUCUUGCUCCACCUGGUCACGGGCAAGCUGAAGAUGAUGGCACUUUGAUUCUGGCACCUUCUCCAAAGCCAGGCUCCACAGGGAAUUUGCAGAUGAGUCCACACGCAGGGGAUGCUCCCAGAUUUGGGCAUUGCACAGCCUGGCCGGGAACACAAGGUUCCCCCUUUGCUGGAGCAGAUGCAGCUGAUCCUUCAGUCGGCUGCCCAGCUGCUUUUGGCAGGGCUUGGGGCUUGGGCUGGG